UGUACAAGUACAGUCUAGUAUAUCCAGCCAUGAUAUGUCUACCUCUGACAAUAAUUCAUCUAAUACAAAUGAUAUGAUUUACUCUAAAGCUUCACUAAAUAAAUCAGCAGAGAUAACAUGA